UGCUGACGGUUAGGGCAACUUUGAACUUUUGUUCGUGGGAGGCACGCAGGGAGGAACCUGGGGAGGAACGCCCACCUCGCCCAUGACACCAUGACACUGCGCACGCGUCGUACGAUUGAGUGCCGCUAGAGAAAGUCAGGAUUGCUGGGACUGCUGGACACCGCUGGGUUCAGCAUACGGGCGUCAUGCUAGCAGGGCGAAAGCAGAGUAUCGCGCCUCUUUCUGUCGAAGCUCAGGGGGCGACAGUCGAGACCUUAUUGUCUUCCAGUGAAUACCGUGAAUUCGCCGAGGAGGACUUCGAUCCGACACAGUAUGCAACCCGGGUUAUCCAGGCGCCGACGGACAGUCCAUACCAUGGCUUGGAUAUCACAACGUCCCUCGCAAAGUUGAGCUUUGGGAUAGAUCACUUGAAUAAGCAUAUCCAGGAACAAGUGUCGACGCACUAUGAGGACCUGCUGCAACAAGUAUCGGGGCUGUCGGAUAUCGAGGGCAUUUUGGCGUCGGUGAAGCAAGGGGUUCAUUCGCUGAACACGUCGCUCCACAGGGUCCGGGACAAGGUGUUGACGCCGUACCAGGACAUGCAGGACCGAACAUUGCAGUUGGAACGAAUCCAGACGACUGCGGAGAUCCUGCGACGAUUGAUCCGGUUCAUGUACCUUUUGCGGAGGCUAGAUGUGCAACUUCCGGGCGGGGAGCGAGAACUGCCGAAGGCUGCGCUGACAGUGUGCGAACUGAUUGAGAUCGCGCAAGACCCAGAGCUGGACGGGAUCGACAUUGUCGAUGCGGAGAAGCCGGGCGUCAUGCAGGCCAAGCAAAAGAUAACAACCGACGGAGAGGAGUUGCUACAUCGAGGCAUGGCUAUGCAGAACCAGACGGACAUCGCUGCAGGGCUGCAGGUGUUUUUCAACCUCAAUCAGCUCGCGGCGGAGACGAAGACCGUUUGCGACGGCAUGUUGCAUGCGAUUACGCAAGAGAUGCAGAUGGCGCUGGACCCUGUGGCAGUGAAUCGUGAAAUCAAAGAGUCAUCACCACCACGUCGCAACGUGGGUUCUCCAGCCGCGAUAGUGCAAGCAGUGACUCCGGUGAAGCUGUGGACAAGAGUUGAACACCUCAUGGACGUUAUCUACGACAAUGCCAACAAGGUCUACCAAAUGUACAGGGUCCUGAAACGGAAGAAGGAUUCGGCUACGCAUAAACUUUUCGCGGACGAAGUUGCGGAAGGCUUGGAGAGUGACUUGCUUGAUUACUUCUGGCGAGGCCUAUCGACAUCUUUUGAAAGAGAGCUGCGCUUGGGGACGAAAUCUUCACAAGGCUUGUUGCACGAGUUCCAAACAGGAUACCCUCGCUUGCUCCGACUUGUUCAUAACGUCUUCACACGACUCUCCGUAGCGAAUGGAGCGGACUUUUCAUCCGAUGGGCAGAUACCCGACAGCAUAUUGGUCCUGCAGAGCUUGAGUCCAUUGGAGACAUCAUAUCUGUCCCGGUCCUUAUCCCGGUUACUUGAGCCUAUCAACGCCGCCUUCCCGGACCGAAUCGGGUUGGCCAUACGAAUGCCCCCUUCGAGGGAUGACGUAGAUAAAGUCAUCAGGACACUAGGCAGCGAACUGGAGGCCGCAAAGUUCGACCCGCACCUGUUGCAGGCAGUGGCGCGUAAUGCGAGUAAGGCCAUCAAGAUGUACUGGACGAAAUGCGAGCAAUAUUGCAAUGUCGAUGCGAAUUUGCAGCAGAUUGUUACAGCUGGCACAGCGACGCAUGGACAAUUGCUGGUCAUAGAGUCUAUAAACUGCCUCUGGUACAUGCAGGACGGCGUCUACAAAGUGCUCACGGAGUUCUCCGGGAGCGGACUGGACGACACGUUCAAUGAAAUCUUGAAGGGAAUCUCAAGAGCACUGCAAGGAAUGGUGGAGCCACUGUUCUCUCAAAUCACGCGGGAAUUCGAGAGUAGUAUCCUGAAGAUACAUAAGGAAGAUCUCGCAAGUCGAUUCGCCUCACCGACACGCGGUCAAAGCGAAUCAUCGACAAGCCAGUAUGUAGGGGAGUUCGCUAGCAAAGUUCGGUGGGUUCAUCGGGAACUGCUCUCCAAACUGCAAUGUGGGGAUGAAUCCCGAGAAUGGAUCCGGUCACUUGGGCGACGCAUUGUCGAAUACUUCUUACGACAUGCCAGCUUGGUUCGUCCCGCCGACGAAGGAGUUGGUCGGCUACUAGCUAGCGAUAUGACGCACCUAGAAUUCGUGCUCAGCCAGUGGUUCGCAGCCCUGGGCAUGAAGCUCGACAGGGACUUGGGUGAUUCCUACAAAGCGUUACGGGCAUUCCGGCAUAUGCCAUUCCUCGACAUACCACAAGUUACAGCCCUCCGCACCUCGCAGAACGUGCCACCAUCCAUCAUCAUCCAUCACCUUCUCGCACGUGCGCACCCACAUAUGCCAUUUCCCACACUGCUAUACGCAUGGAGUGAGGCCCAGUAUAGUGACUGGCUGGAUGCACGUUCUGAAGACGAAGCGCUACAGAUUCUGGCUAGAUGCCUCGACGCUUAUGCAGCUGAGAUUAGGCAGAAAGGUGGGGUUCCCAGGCCGGAGUAUAACGCUGCUGUGCAGAUGUUGAAAGAGAUUGCUGCGGAGAAGUAGAGCCGGUAUUUGGUAGCUGUACCUACUUCAAAAAGUGCAUGUACUUAUAGGCUAAUGGACCAAUGGACCAUAGCAGCUGUUUCCGGCGCUAACCUAGCAAUCAUAUCGAGACCACGAUCAUCCCUGGCA